AUGUUCGCCAUCAUCACCACGUUUUGCCUUCUGAUACCCCUAUAUUGCAUAUACAAACCACCAAAGAUUAUUAUCCGCUACUUCCAACGUCGGUGGCCCGACGUGCUCUUCCACAUCCCAACAGAGAAAAAGGUGGUCGCGCUCACUAUUGACGACGCGCCAUCCGCACACUCCACUGAAAUCCUUCGUCUAUUGCAGUUGCACAAUGCAGCAGCCACUUUUUUCGUGAUUGGAUCCCAGCUCCCGGGAUAUGAAAACAUCCUGGUCGAUCUCGUACGAGCUGGCAAUGAACUCGCCAACCACGCGAUGUAUGACGAGCCAUCGCGUGCGCUGAGUGACGACGGGUUGAGAGAUCAAAUCCGUACUGUGCAUGCCCAAAUCGAAGAAGCGUAUGCUGCCUCUGGGAUCCAGACACAACCAGAAAAUUGGCUCUUUCGUCCUGGAUCGGGGUUCUUCAGUUCUCGAAUGAGAAUGGUUGUGAAGGAAUUGGGUUAUCGCUUGGUCCUUGGGGAUGUGUAUCCACAUGAUCCACAGAUUCCAUACUGGCGAUUGAAUGCAAGUCACAUUCUCAGCAUGGUCAAACCGGGAAGCAUUAUCAUCUGCCAUGACCGCAGAGAAUGGACGGUGCCAAUGCUACGGGAAGUUUUGCCGGAACUAAGUCGAAGGGGUUAUAGCGUUGUCACAAUCUCUAAAUUACUUGCAACGGAUUCUAGCCUAUGA